ACCAAAAAAAUCUCACCAUUUCAUCACCCCAAAAAACAUCCUUAAUUAACACACCUCUCUUUCUCUCUUUUUUCCCAAAAAAAAAAAAAAAAAAAAAAAAAGCACAACCCUAAAAAACUAAGAAAAACAAGAACAACAACUAAACUAACAAUCUAACAUGGAUCUUUCAUUCUCUCAUCACACAUCUAACAACAACAACAACAACAACAACAACAACACUUCAUCAUUCCUCCUUUCUUGCAACACUAAUAUCACCACUACUUCAUCUUCUUCACCUUCACCUUCUCCAACUUCACCUUCAACUAUAACCACCAGUCCACCGCCGUGUACUAGCCGUUACGAGAACCAGAAACGCCGUGACUGGAACACCUUCGGCCAAUACCUAAAGAACCACCGCCCCCCACUCGCCCUAAACCGCUGCAGUGGGGCCCACGUGCUGGAAUUCCUACGCUACUUAGACCAGUUCGGAAAAACUAAGGUUCACACUCACCUUUGUCCCUUUUACGGGCACCCGAACCCGCCCGCCCCCUGCCCGUGCCCGCUCCGACAAGCGUGGGGAUCACUUGAUGCUUUGAUCGGACGGUUGAGAGCUGCGUUUGAGGAAAACGGGGGUAAGCCCGAGAUGAACCCGUUUGGGGCCCGGGCUGUACGGCUUUACCUAAGGGAGGUUAGGGAUUCUCAGUCUAAGGCUAGAGGGAUUAGUUAUGAGAAAAAGAAGCGUAAACGGGCCCCACAGAAUAAUUCAAGCUUGAGCCCGAUUGGGUCGAUCUCGAUGAUGCCGCCGCCGCCGGAGCCACUGCCACCACCAGGUUGUGGUGGUUGAUAAGUUAAGUAAGAAGUUUAAGUUGUGUGUGUAUAGUUCGUUGGUUGUUGUUGUAUGUGGCUUAAUUGGUUAGGUUUGCUAGGGUUACUUACUAGUUACUAGUAGUAUUAAUUGUAUUAGUAUGAAUUAAUGUAUGAUCGAUCUUAUGGUUAAUGUUAUUUUAUUUUAUUGAAAACAUGAGAAAAUAUUAAUAAACGUUUUUAAUAUGA